ACAGAGAGGAUGGCGGGCAAGAGGGCUCUAGUGAUUCUGGCCAAAGGGGCCGAGGAGAUGGAGACGGUCAUUCCUACUGAUGUCAUGAGAAGGGCUGGAAUAAAGGUAACGGUUGCAGGUCUAAGCGGAAAGGAUCCUGUUCAAUGCAGCAGAGAUGUGAUGUUGUGUCCCGACACUAGUCUGGAGGAGGCCCGCACACAGGGGCCAUAUGAUGUGGUGGUACUUCCGGGGGGCAAUCUGGGUGCUCAGAAUUUGUCAGAGUCUCCUGUAGUGAAGGAGGUGUUGAAGGAGCAGGAAGCCAAAAAAGGUUUAAUUGCAGCUAUAUGUGCAGGACCCACUGCCCUGACUGUACACGGUGUAGGAAUUGGGAAAACCAUCACAACACACCCUCUGGCAAAAGAUAAAAUUGUGAAUCCAGAUCAAUAUAAAUAUUCAGAAGAGCGCGUGGUCAAGGACGAAAACUUCAUCACAAGCCGGGGCCCCGGGACCAGCUUUGAGUUUGCUCUAGAGAUUGUGUGCACCCUACUUGGAAAGGAGGUGGCAGAGCAAGUGAAAACACCACUUCUUCUCAAAGACUAGCCAUGUCCUAAACUGCUACUGUCUGGGUCUCUAUUGGUACCAUAGUCAUGGUGCAAAAUGAGUCACCUUUGUUUCUGCAGAUAAUAAGGAAAAUAAUAAUAAUCUGCUUUAUUCUUCAAUCCUCUGAAAUGGUUACCCUAAAUAACAGGAAUUGCACUUAAACAUUAAUAUAUAGUUGAUAAAAUGCUGUACAUCAUGCACUUGCAAAAUAAAACUGCGUUGAAGCAUU